AUCCUAUGAUACGUCAGCAGAGGAGGCAGAGCCGUGGGUGAAAAGCGCCAAAAAGCUUAAUGGCGCGCUAAAGAAGAUUAAGUCCGAAAUCGAACGAAGAUUGAAAAAAAUAGAGAAACGACCGACUUUCAUAAAUGCAUUGUCCUACUUGAAAGACCCAGGAAGGAUCGAUGGUCUAAAGAAGGAUUUUGACAAAUCAUUGGCAUCGUUUCAGCUCAGGACGAACUUAAUAACUAGCGCCAAAUUAGCGGCCAUUGAACGUCGUCAACAGGACGACAAAAUUCUCGAUAGUCUCCGAUGCCUCAUGUCGCCCACGAUGAUUCCACCCAGGCGUGCCUAAAGACACUAGGGUUGAUCUCAUUGAGCGUAUCAUGACAUGGUGUCGCAACACACGGGAUAGCGAGAACCGGCUAAUGCUGUUGACUGCUGUGGCUGGCGCUGGCAAGACUUCAAUUGCACUCACGAUAGCAGAAAGAUGUGCCAGUGACGAGGAUGUUACCCUAUUAUUACAAUACUUCUUCAAAGAGGGCGAACGGUCGCGGCCCGAUAUUGUAUUCAGCGGCAUAGCUCGAGCGCUUGCAGACCAUGAUCCCGUUUACCGCACUUUCAUUACUUCUGCUCUUCGGAAAGACCCUAGUCUCUCAACAACUUCAUUCGCGACGCAAUUCAAGAAAUUGGUCGCUCCGGCUCUCCUCCAUAAACCUCCGCCUUCCGACCAUCCGAUGGUGAUCAUCCUCGACGCAUUGGAUGAAUGUGACAAAGAAGUGUUCGAAUCCCUUGCCGAAAUCCUUGGGGAGGAAGUGCCCAAGCUACCAUCUUCCGUAAAAUUCUUUCUCACAUCGAGACAAUUUGAUCUCGUGAAUCGCUACCUCUCCCCCGAUUACCCUAUCUAUCGCCUCACUAUCAAUCUCUCGGACGAGACAAAUGUGCAAGAUUAUUUACGGUCCAAUCUUCGGGACGAGGAUAAAACGGUACAGGAGAUCUUGGGACGAGCAAACGGCUUGUUCAUUUGGAUCAGCACGAUCUUUCGCUACAUGAAGAUGGCGAACAAGGAUCCCAUGAGGACACUAGAGAGCCUGCUCGACACAGGUGCCAAACAACCUGAUGUCCCUGCUGAGAAGAUGAUGGAUAACUUGUAUACGAGCAUCUUGAAGAAGUGUGCUUGGGAGGAUGAAGAUUUUGCGGAUGAUUACCCAAUCGUGAUGGGAGCAAUCCUCGUUGCACAGCAGCCUCUAUCCAUCACAGCCUGGGAUGCAAUUUUGUCGCCUUCCCUCAAGUCUUCUGUGCGAUAUACGUUGGCUGAACUUGCUCCUCUCCUCUCAGGAGUUGAGGAUUCCCACAUUCCGGUUCGCAUCUUACACCAAUCUCUCCGAGACUUUGUUGAACUCUGCUCUAUAAAGGGCUUAGGACUGAUUGAAAACUUGUCCGAAAGAGAUGAAAUGCCAUGUAUUCCUCCAAAGGAGUUAUCUGAGCACUUUCAAUAUGCAUGUCGCUACAUCGUUCAUCAUCUCAGUGGGGUCCAGGAACCGUCACAGGAGCUUUCUGAAUCAGUUGCGACUCGCUGGGUGGAAGUCUGCGUGAGAAUGGAAAGCUACAUCAGUAUUUCGUUACUCCCUGAGUGGACUAAGUUGGCUGUUGAUCAUAGGUCGAAAGGCUCUGUCAGUGCACUGGCUAAUGCGCUUACCAAGCUUCCGUGGAAUUUGAUAUUUCAUUCAAGAUUCCAGGAGGCAUAUGAGGCAGCAAAUGAUUCCGUUGUACUUUGCCGUUACCUUUUUUCUGUGGACUCGGGUUCUCACUCAACAGUCUAUAUUGCUCUUUCCAAACUCGGACGGCACUCGGAGGCGCUCCCAUUCAUCGAAGAAAGCCUAGUUGCUGUUAACCCAGGAUCAUACACCCCAGAUUUGGCCAGUCACUCAACAUCUAUAUUCGCUCUUUCCAAUCUCGGACGGCACUCGGAGGCGCUCCCAUUCAUUGAAGAAAGCGUCAAACUCCGCCGACAGCUAGUUGCUGUUAACCCAGGAUCAUACACCCCGAAUUUGGCCAUGUCACUCAACAAUCUAUAUUUGGCUCUUUCCAAUCUCGGACGGCACUCGGAGGCGCUCCCAUUCAUUGAAGAAAGCGUCAAACUCCGCCGACAGCUAGUUGCUGAUCAUACACCCCAUUUGGCCAUGUCACUCAACAAUCUAUAUUUGGCUCUUUCCAAUCUCGGACGGCACUCGGAGGCGCUCCCAUUCAUCGAAGAAAGCGUCAAACUCUACCGACAGCUAGUUGCUGUUAACCCAGGAUCAUACACCCCAAUUUGGCCAAAAGCGAUCAUACACCCCGAUUUGGCCAUGUCACUCAACAAUCUAUAUUUGGCUCUUUCCAAUCUCGGACGGCACUCGGAGGCGCUCCCAUUCAUCGAAGAAAGCGUCAAACUCUACCGACAGCUAGUUGCUGCACUCCCAUUCAUCGAAGAAAGCGUCAAACUCUACCGACAGCUAGUUGCUGUUAACCCAGGAUCAUACACCCCGGAUUUGGCCAUUCACUCAACAAUCUAUAUUUGGCUCUUUCCAACUCGGACGGCACUCGGAGGCGCUCCCAUUCAUCGAAGAAGGUCAAACUCACCGACAGCUAGUUUCGUUAACCCAGGAGUAAUCACCCCAAAAUUGGCCAAGUCGCUCAAGAACCUACGUAAUGCUCUCUCCAAUCUCGGGCGUCAUUCAGAGGCACAAAUGGUCCAUAUCUGAGUGUGCUUUCCUUAUCAUUGCAUUUCUCAGUUUCGCUGCCUGCACAUGGCAGGCAAGCUUGAAUUGGAUGUUCGGCUUGAGGACACACAUCCAACCUCAAUUUUUUUUGAUUGAAAACUAAUCCAUAAAAUAUAUAUGGAGUUCACUUGCCGCUACACCCAUAACAAAUCACAGUCGCAUCAUGAUUUUACAAUUUUUACUAUCAAGAAUACUCACCCCUUUCUCUAGCACAUUUUUACUCCUCAUCGCUGACGCAUGUACUGGUCCAUGUUUCUGCAUUCCACCACAAGCGAUGACUCACGUUGAGGUUCGGAUGGAUGAUGAUGUUGGCGCAGUGGUAGUGACUUGGGAUAUCCGAGCUUGAUUCGAUAGUGCUAUCUCGAUAAGCAAUACACGUACCUGUCGAAUCAC